GCGAGACCGACUCGGUGAGGUCCGGGAUUUGCGGGAGAGGGAAACUGAGCCGGCACGAUUCUGGACAUAGGAGAGAGAAACUUAUCCGGAGCGGUCCAGGGAGACUGACCCGAGACGGUCCCGGAUUGACAGGAGAGAGCCCCGGGACGGGAGCGUGACUGGAGAGAGCCAGGACGGCCCGGCAUUUUAGGAGAGAACCGGACAUCUGGAGCCGCGUCUCAGUCUGAAACGUCAACUGUUUAUUCACUUCCGUGAUUGCUGCCUCACCUGCAGAGUUCCUCCAGCAUUUUGAGGAAUUUUCAACAGAAGAACUGUUAGUCCCAGAGAUGGUGCCAGCUUUAACAAAUCUCUUAUAAAGACUUCAGCCUUUCAGUUGGAGGAGACGUCGCUGAAGGAAGGAUGGCUCUACAGAAAGGUCUUCGGAUGUGGUUUGGUGAUGAGCCUCUAUGUUCGAGGAGUCCCUUGACACCAAGACACGGGCCAGGACUUGUGGACGUUUCGCAGUACGACCAGUGGCUGGCUGUUCGACACGAGGCUACACUGGUGCCAAUGCAGGAAGACCUGUCCAUCUGGCUGAGCAGCCUGCUUGGAAAGAAGUUGAGAGCAGAGAAUUUCAUGGAGGAACUCGACAAUGGCGUAGUGCUCUGCAAGCUGGUCACGUUUCUCCAAAAGAAAGUGAAAGAAUGCGGGAAUCUGGAGAACAAGGAGCACUUCUCCAUGAGGAAAAUCCCGUGUAAAAGUGAUGCUGGUUCCGGGUCGUUCUUUGCUCGAGACAACACUGCCAACUUCCUGUCCUGGUGCAGAGCGAUCGGGGUGGAUGAGACCUACCUGUUUGAGUCUGAGGGGUUAGUUUUACACAAACAGCCGCGGCAAGUGUGCCUGUGCCUGCUGGAGAUUGGCCGUAUCGUGUCCCGGUUUGGUGUGGAACCGCCAGUGCUAGUGAAACUGGAGAAGGAGAUUGAGCGCGAGGAAACCCUCCUAACCGCCUCCACAGACAGGAUCCCUGCAGCAAUCCCAAAGCCAAGUUGCUCCAACAAAGAGCUUCACCAAGCAGUGAAGAUCAUUGCAGAGGAUCCUCCUUGCAACUGUUCCCAUCGGUUCUCCAUCGAGUUCUUAUCUGAAGGACGUUACCGCCUGGGGGACAAAAUACUGUUUAUCAGAAUGCUGCAUGGGAAACACGUGAUGGUGAGAGUUGGGGGUGGAUGGGAUACCCUUCAUGGAUUCCUGCUCAAGCACGAUCCCUGCCGACGGCUGCACCUCACCGCGUUAGAGGAGAAGAUUACGGCUCUGGAGAAGGCUGGGCCCAGGACUCCGAGCACCCGCCAGCUGUGUUCAGGCCCCUCUCAGCCUUCGCCAGGCACUGGCCCCCGCUGCCACUGCCCCACCUCAACCCAAUCGCCUGCUCUUAGGUCUCCCCUCCACCCGCCGGCUGCAGCUGUGACUCCGGCCCGGCCUCCAACUGCGGAGGGGCAAGCCUCAGGCCUGGGCCGGGCGCCUCAGAGGAGGCGUCCUGGUUUAGGCCGAGGUCCGGUCCUCACUGAGCCUGUGCCCAAGAUCAGUGCCCGCUGCCCAGCCGGGAGGGGCCUAUCACCGGCUGCUGUCUCUCCUGGGCCCCGCAACCGCAACAGGGCCACACCAGCCCCCACUACACUCAAAUCUACCCGCAGGCCUGGGUCUCCGGGCAGAGACAAGGCCUCACCCUCACCACGACCCCUCCCUCAGGUGUCCCCCCACUCCCAGCCCUUACCCCGCACUCCACUUGCUGUAGUGAAGCUGCCUCAAACCAGGGUGCAGAGCACUGAGGCCCGGGACAGGCCCAGGGCCCGGCCAGUGAAGGGUGCAGGGCUUACGGGCAAAGUUCCUCACUCCGUCAUCACCUCCAGGCCCCGGCUGCCAAAAGCCCGAGGGGAGGAUGCCUACCUGGUAAUGAACGGGGUCUCUCGGUCCAAGAAGUGAUAAGGGGUGGGGAGGAGGCGGGAGAAUGGCAGGGGGUGGGCGUCUUGGGAUGGGGAGGGCCUCAUCUCAGGGGCCGAGACCUCUGGCCUCUCUCCCAUAUGACCGCCAGGUGGAUGAGACCCCUUACCUGGAGCCAGUCUCCGUUUGGUGCCCCACAGGCCACUAGUUUACUCCCUGAUCAAGCCAGGUUAUCUGGACGGUAACCUACCACUGCAUGUGAGAUCUUGCUGUGCAUGCAAUGGCUGCUAUGCAUUACCCCAAAAGGUUUUCCUUUGGUUGGGCUUCCCUCCAAAGCUGCCCAGGGCGCUGAAGUAACUUUGUGUGCUCAUCUCAGCUCUUGGUGAUCAGGAGAUCUCCCCACCUCCUGUCCCAGGAUGGAGGCCAUCAGCCUUCUCCCCUGUAGUCCCCCUCCUCACCACCAAGGUGUUGCCUCUUUCAGCCCUCCCUCAUCCGUGGGUGCUGACCGUGGAGGAGAUUCGAUUAACUUCUCCCAUCCACACUCUUGCCCCGUUGAUGCUCUGUUCUGAUAUGGUAUAGAGUGUUCCGCCCUGCGCAUGGGAGUGAUAAUUUCCCUCAUGUUUUGGUCUUCCAGAUGUCAAAGAGGGGUCUUUAACUUCAAAAGCUAUCCUGAAAGUGCUGGUCAGUAAUGAUUUGAAAGGUUUUGUAAGUGGCAUUUCAUUGAGUGGAGGAGGUAUUCCCGCUGUACCCUCGCUAUGCGCUAAUUGUCGACGCAUGGGCCAUGGCCCCUGUGAUGAUUCGCGCCACAUGUGGCGCGACACGGACUGGCAAUUUCCACCCAGACACGUCCCCUCUGGGGCUGCGUUCAAAUGGUCAUCAUUCCAACGCUCGUCUUUCUGAAGAUGGUGCCGUGUGGCUUCGAUGGGUUGCUCAUUCCUGAACUCUAGUGUGUUGUUUACUGAGUUGCUUCAAAAACUGUUUUGCACACAAGGACACUACAGGAGUCAUUUUGCUGGGCCAAAGUCAGCAAAGUGGCAAAAUGCAAAGCCUUGCAUUUUUGUUUGUGUAUUUAAGUUGUUGUGAUUGAAGUCUAAAUUGUACUUUGUGUAAAAUGGCAUUGACUGGAUGAACAAGUUCCCCUAGUGUCCUGGGACGGGCACACUGAAGUGCCCGGGUUUUCAGGGACAGAUUGGGAACUAUUCGGCUCUGUGCUGAGGUUCAUCCCCAUUGUUCCCUGUCCUGGAUGAAUAACCUCCGUCUCUGUCCUCCGUUUGUACAGUUGUAAAUGCCAGGGUAGCUCUGGCCAUCAGUGCUUCCAGAGCUACGUCCUUGCAUCUAAGAUGUUUUAUUUAUUCUAUCUUUGGGCUUUCCGAAUUAACAAUAUACCUAAGCUUUUUUUUAUUAUUUGGUAAAAUGUAUGUACUUUGAACAGGUACACCACACUGGAGUCCCAUUGUUGAAGGAUGGCAGUUUGCUCUUCCUCUCUGGGUAUUUUAUUUUACAUUUCCCGUUUUCUGUUUUACAAUUAUUUGCCUCCUGCAGGAGGUGACAAUCCCCCCCCCCCCCCCGAGUACCCAUAGAGAACGCGGUAGGGUUUUGGAACGGCAUCUGUUGUCCUUCCUUGGGAAGAACUGGACAGGGUGAGAGUUCUGGAGAUGUCUAUUACUGUAAAUGGGUUGAAGUAGUGGGUGAUCUGUGUGUAGUCAAACAUAGGACAUGAAAUACUGAAAUGUGUGGGGCUGAGCUCGAUUCGUGCCUGUUACCCCAGCCCUGUACUAACCUCAACGGCUUCACACUGGAUAUAUGCAGUACCUUCAUCUAAAGAUAUUUAAUACCCAACAAAAUUGUCAA